AUGCUGCUGGAUGAAAUGCUGGACUCAGAUGCCGAAAAUGUAGAAAGUGAUUUUUCCAGCGGAAGUGAUGACAAGCCGGAAUCGGGUUUGCAGGACGAGGAAUCUAGUUCAUCUUCAUCGUCGAAAAGUGAACUGUCAGAAGUUGAAAACACCGUUUCGAUGGAUGAAUUAGAAGAACCCCAUCAACAACAAGGAAGCUGCACUAUAUUCACUGACCACAAGCCACGUUGGUGCAAUGUCUUUCAAACUUUAUUGGUUGCAAUUGCAAAUGACACAGCUGUAACCACAACAGCAACACUAACAACAAUGACUGCAACAACAACACCUACGCCAAACAAUUUACAACAGCGUCGAUUGAGUGAAGCUGAAAAAGAUGCGUGUUUAAAACAGCUACUAGGCGAAGACGAUGACAAUGAUUCAGAUCCUUCGAACAGUGAAGACGACGAGUGGUUUCCAAGCGGCAAUAGAAUGCAUAACUCUCCUGACACUGAAGCGUCAGAAAAAUUUCAAAAUGAAGUGAGUGCAAAUGUCGACGAGAAACAACAGCAACAAGAAAAAGAAGGAGACGACGACGAUGACGAUGACGCCGAAAGAGAAGGUGACGCUGAGAAGGGGUGCGAAGAUGAAGCAGCCGCACCCACAUACUACAUAUAA